AACUUAAGAGAAGGGCAUUUAUGUCAUUCAAAGUAAUCGAAUACACCGGAAAUCGUAAUCCAAAGCCAGGCACCACCGUCUAGAAAAAGCAAAGCUCCCCAACUUGCGUAAACCCCUUUGCCCCAUUAUCAUUUUCCCCGUGAGAAGAAGUAAUCGUUUGCAUUUGAUUUUCAAUUUCAACUACUACAUUUUCUUCCCCGAAGUUACCAGAAGAGGAAUCGAGGAAGAAAAAUGGGGCUGCUCUCUAAUAGAAUCGAAAGGAAAAGCCUCAAACCAGGGGAUCACAUAUAUUCAUGGCGCACUGCUUAUAUCUAUGCUCAUCACGGGAUCUAUGUUGGGGAUGAUAAAGUGAUACAUUUCACGAGGCGCGGCCAAGAAGUGGGGACUGGGACUGUGUUAGAUCUCCUUUUGGUGAGCUCAGGACCUACUCGAUCUCAUGUGCCAUGCCCCACCUGUGUCCCUGCGGCAGAGGGCCAUGGGGUGGUCUCCUCAUGUUUGGAUUGCUUCCUUGCCGGUGGCAUUUUAUACCGCUUUGAGUAUGCUGUCAGCCCUGCUCUUUUUCUUGCAAAAGCGCGAGGAGGAACUUGUACGCUGGCUGUCUCAGAUCCUGAUGAUGUGGUGAUUCAUCGUGCCAAGUACCUGCUUGACAACGGGUUUGGGUGCUAUAAUGUUUUCAAGAACAAUUGUGAAGACUUUGCUAUUUACUGCAAAACAGGAUUGCUUGUGCUGGAUCAAAGUACAAUGGGGCAAAGUGGACAAGCCGUGUCCAUCAUAGGUGGACCCCUUGCGGCUGUCUUAUCUACACCACUGCGUUUCGUCACCACCAAUGUUUAUGGGAUGGUAGCUACUGCCGUUGGAGUUUAUUGUGCUAGCCGUUAUGCUGCGGACAUUGGUAUGAGGAUGGAUGUUGUGAAAAUUCCUGUCGAGGAUCUUACAAGGAGGUUAGCCACAGGGAUGCUUCAGGUCCUUGAACCAAGUCUUGCAGCUCUACCAGCUCCUGCUAAUUAGCACGUGUGCUGUGUCUUAACUAUGAGAUUAAGUUACGUUGUUCCUUGGUUUUAUCGCAAGAGAUGACAACUUGAUGUACUUAUUUCAGUACUAAGAUUACUGAAGUUGGUUGGACUGGUGUAAUAGACAUUUUUAUGCGGGUUUCAAGUUCUAUGUACUCAUGGCUAUUGAAUAUGAAGCAGAAGAAAGAUUUCAUUAUUGUA